AUGAUGGUCAAGUCGCCUGAGAGAAUAUAAAAGCAAUAUCUUAAAACUACAAGUAGUUUAGUUAGUAGUUUUUAAGUAAAUGGAGAAAAGCGCUUAAAAUCACUAGAUUCAAGGACAAGUAUUUAGAAUAGGCAUUUAUAUUCUUACUAACUUUACUAAAGCAAAUAGGGAAACUAACCAAUCACAAAUUCACAAGUUUAAGGAGAGAAAGACAGAAGAUAUGGAUCUGAAGGAGGUCAUAUGAUAGAGUCGUUAUAAAUUGGAUUAAGAGAAUAAUCUGCAGGAAAUAAUUAUAGUAAAAAGCGAUAAAAGAAAAAUUAAACUAUGUAGGUAUUUGUGAGAGUAAGACCUCUUAAUUAGAAAGAACUGUCAGGUAAAAAUGGAAGUCGUAAGAUAAUUUAAGUUGCAGAUGAUAGGAAGUUUGUUAUUAUUAAUUCUAGUGAAAGCAAUAAGAGUGUUUUUUCGCAAACUGUAAGAGAUGACAGAUUAUUUGAAAUGAAUAGAACUUUUGGAGAGGAGUGCUCAAAUGAUGAAGUUUUUGAUUAUGUUAUGAAAGAAGAUAUCAAAUUAAGUUUAUUUGAGGGAUUUAAUUGCACAUGCUUUGUAUAUGGUAUGACUGGGGCUGGUAAAACUUACACAAUGUUUGGUGAUAUUUGUAACUACCUUACAAUGAAUUCUCCUAUUAAGGGAUUAAUAAUGCUAUCUCUAAAAGAAAUUAUGGAAUCAAUGAAAGAAAAGAAGUAGAAUAUAGAAGAAGAUUACAUCUCUUCAAAGAGAAACGAUACUUAUAAUGAUAGCAAUUAGGAAUUAAGUGAUGAAAAUAGAUUCACACCUAACUAGCAACAGAAAUAAGUUUCUUUUAGAUUGAAAUUAAGUUAUUUAGAAAUAUAUAACGAAUAAAUACAUGACUUGUUAUCACUUGAUUCUUAAAAUAAUGAUAAUUUAAUGGUUAUUGAAGACCCUUCUAGAGGUGUCUUUGUUCCUGAAUUGAUUGAAUAAGAAAUUAUUUCUGAGCAAUAGGUCUUAGAAUGCAUUCGCCUAGGAAAUACAAGAAGACAAAUGGCUUCUACUGGAUAAAAUGAAUUUAGUUCUAGAUCACAUGCAAUAAUUACAUUUACACUUGAGUAGACUAUUACUAAUAAAAACUAAGAAUCAGAACAAUAAUAAGGUAAAGGAGAAUUUUAAAGCAAUAUAUAAAAUAAUAAAUAUACUGUUUUAACCAGUAAGCUGUGUUUAGUAGAUUUAGCUGGUUCUGAAAGAGCGGCGGUAACUGAGAAUAAAGGUUUGAGAUUAUAGGAAGGUGCUAAUAUCAAUAAAUCUCUGUUAGCACUAGGAAAUUGUAUUAAUAUUCUUUCUGAUACAACUAAAAAGGGAGCAUUUGUUCCUUAUAGAGACUCAAAAUUAACUAGAUUACUGAAAGAUUCACUAGGUGGUAACACUCAGACUUACAUGAUUGCUUGCGUCAGCCCUGCUUUCAUAUCCCUAGAAGAAACACUUAACACACUUAAGUACGCUUAAAGAGCUAGUAGAAUACAAAAAGUUGUUACAAAAAACGAAAAAACUAUUUAGGGCCUUUCAUCCUAAAAGUCUUUGCAAUACAUUACAUUAAUAGAAAAUAUGAAAAAAGAAAUAGAUUUUUUGAAAUAAUAGCUUGCUUCAACAGUUUAAGCAAAUAACGAUAAUUAAAUGCCAAAUAAUUCCAAUUUUACUUGCGAGUCUUAGUUAAAUUAACAUGCUUAAGAAGUGGGUGGUUUAUAUUUAUUGAAAGAGAAAUCCUCAAAUUAAGUAUCAUCAGCUUCAGAGCUAUUCAAUAGUAAUAUAAAUCCUCCAAAUACUUUUCCUGCAAAUAUGGAGUAAAAUAAUUUAAUAAACAAUGAUAUCAAAAGAUCUUAAAUUAUUGCUAAUGGAAUUCCUUCACUUUUCCUACAAAAAUAAGAUUCCACUACAUCUGCGGUAGUUCAACAGAUGGGAGGAUGGUAAGAUAACGACAGCUUUUCAAGUAGUGGAAAAAGUGUGAGAAUUAGUUGCACUAAUACAUCUAAUAAUGGAAGUGUUAUUCUAUUUAAGAGGAGCCCUUCUCAAUUAAAUUUUACAAAGUAAUAGUAAGUUCAUUAAUAAAAGGUUACUGAAGAAAUGAAUUAGUUGUGCGGAAAAAUACUUAAAAACUUAGAAGAGAAUUGGGAGAUUUAGUAAUCUAUUCAAGAUUUGAAUAAUUUAAAAAAAUAAAAUGAAGAAGUGCUUGAAGAAAAAUAACAGAGAUUAAAAAAACUGAAAAGUAAUUUGAUAUAAUGGCCUCACGAAAGCGAAAUUAAUUAGCUACAGAUAGGAAUAGGCUAGCUGCAAAAUACUAUGGCCAAUAAUUAAAAUAUUUUGGAAAAUAUGCAGUAGGCUCUACGUAGAAAUGUAGAGAAUAAAUAAGAAUUAUCUAUAUAAAUGGUGUAGGUGCUGUAAAGCAGCUCUGAUUAAUUAGUUAAAACAAUGAAUUAAACAUGUUAAAUUUUACAAAUCGAAAAAAACGACCUUGAAAAUGCUAAUCUUGAUUUAAAAUAACAACAUUUGCAUUUCUAAACUUAAUUUUAAGAGAAGGUUCAUCAAAUUAAAAGUAUGGAAGAAUAAAUAAAACAAAUGCAGAAAGAGUUAUAAGAAAAAGAUUAAAUAAUUUAAUAAAAUUAAUAAGUCAUUAUGCAUUUGGCUAGCAAUUCAGGUUCAGUCAAUUCUUAAAAUAUUCCUUCUAAUUUGGUAUCUGGGAACUAGAUUAAUUAGAGCAUGCUGUAGACUUUUGUAAGUAAGCAAAAUGUAGGUCCUUAAAAUCCAAAUUCUGUUUUUAAUCCUUUUUCGUCUUAGCCUUCUAUGACGAGCUGUCCAUUUAACUAAACUUCUUUCUUUCUAACUAAUGUUACGAAUAAUGGCAACCUUUAAAAUAAUUUCAAUCCCUUUCUAAGCUAGGCAGAUCAGAAUACUUAGAAUUAAUAUAAGGAUCAAGUAGAUGGUAUUAAUUGUAUUGAAAAUAAGUGUUCAGUCACACAGCCUAUCAAAAAUUCAUCUUCAUCAUCUAAAGGUAAUCAGAUUCCAAAAAGUGACUCCAUCAAGCAAGAACCUAUCGUAAACAAUUUUAUGUAAAAUCAAUCUACAAUUGUAUAAAAAACACAUGCAAAUAAUAAGAAUAUUAGUCAUUCAGCUACAUCUGCACCCUUUUAUUGCAAUUCAAGUGCUAUUUACCUAACAAAUACUUCAAAUACAACGAAUUAAAAGCACAAAGAAGCAAAAAGAUUUGUUUCUUCAGACGCUAACCCUAAUAAUAGCGUUAGUAAAUUGUAAAUUUAAAUGCAGAGUAGCAUAAAUGCAAGUUUUAGCUAAUCUACUGCUCUACGUUCAACAUCUUCUUAGAAUACUAACAACAAAAAAUUUUUCACAGAAAAAAAUGGUUAUUUCGAUUUCAAAAAUAAACAAAACUAAAUAAGCAGUGGACAAUCUUCUUCUGCAUCGUCUUCCUUAGCUGUAACUUCUGCCUCUUCUGGCGGGAUUAUGAAUUUGUAACAAAGUUAAAAAACUACUACUUUGGCAUCAACUCUUAACUCCAAAAACCCAACAUAAACUACUUAGAGUUCUAUGAUGACUUCUUAGGGAUUGUAAAGAUAAGCUCCAGGCUCUCCUUAAAUGAGAGUAUAAAGCCCUAAUUAAACAGCAAAAAGCACAAACAAUAAUAACUUAGAAACUUCAAAAACUUAAAACAGCAAUGGUAUAACCAAUAUCAACAGUUCAACUACAGCAUUACCUAAUAAUUUGAAUUAGAAUUUGAUGGCUAGCAAAAAUUUGAUGGCUUCAAGCUCUUAAAUGUCUACAAGCAAUAAUUAUUAAAAUUUUUCUUCUCCAACUUAAAGUUCUGCAAGACUCUCAACUGUUUACAAAAGUCCGUCUUCAAUAGCUUAAUCUAUUAUAAAUAGGAAAUCUGUGCUCACUCAUCGUGAGAAACAAGCUUAGGGAGUAAAAAACAAUAGUAGUGGAGCUGUAGGUGCUCUCUCCUCUUUUCCAAAUAAUACUUCUUCAAUUAAUCAAGCUCUAACUAUUACACCAAAUUAAGUAUCUUCAAAGACAAAUUUAGCUUCCAAUUCCAACAAUAAUAAUUAAUCAAAUUCAAUAGCUAAAUUAGGCUUACAAAGUACUAUACCCUCAAGCAAUAAUGUUAGCUAAUUAAAUAGCUAACAUAAUAAUAUUAGCUUAAACACAAAUAAUAACAAUAAUAUCAGCAGCAAUUCAAAUAAUCCAUAAGUAGCAAAUAAAUUGUAAGAUGCUAGAAACGAAUAUAAAGAAUUUAUCAACAUAUUUAGAAAAAUUUAAAAAGACGAUGAAGAACCCUCUCAAGUUUAAAAUGCCACAAUGAUGCAUUCAACUUUAGAUGAAAAAUUAAAAUUUUUAAGUUCAAAUAAUAAUUAUAACAGUAACAAUAAACCAUCAAACGAAUAUGAUUUAUUCCCAAACGCAUCAACAGUAUAUUAAAGCAAUCUUAAUAAUAAUGAGUAAGUAACUAAAUAAGUUGAAAACCAAUUAAAUUACAGAUCAAAUUAGUUAAAUGAAAGUCCUUAAUAGAAAGGAGAUUUAAUAGACAAAAAAGUACAAAACAUUUUAAGCUCUGGAUAGAAAAAAGGCAAUAACCCUGACAUUUCACUUGUAGAUUUUUUAUAAACUGAUGAAUUCCCUGAGAUUUACGCUUCAAAUAAAAACUAAGGAUCCGAAAAACGCCAAUCUUUAGAAAGGAUAAAUGGAACUGAUAAAAGUAACAGCUUUAACAAUCAUAUUAACAAUUUAUUAAGCAAUAAAAAAUCAAAUGAGUUUAAUAAAGAAGCCUCACCAAAUUAAGCAGUAAAUGAAAUAAUUCAAACACCUUUUCUAACUAUAUCAUCUCUCCAUCAAAAGCCUCAUUCUCUUCCUCCAUAAUAAAAUAUUUCCUCAUUCUACAGCAAUACUAGUUAAAAACCAUCGCAUUAGAAUACAAAUUCAUAGGGUCAAUCUUCUUAUUUAACAGGACAUUAAAAUCACAACACUCCUUCAUCUUCCUCAUUAAGCAAAUUUACAAUUAAUCUUGCAUCUAACAGCUCUCAAAGAAGAAAUGAAUCAAUCACAAGAGGGAUUUAAUAGCAAUCAAGCCAAAAAGAUAGUAAAAUUUCUACGCCAGAAAGCUCUCUCGUUACUUAAAAAGUGGAUUUGUAUAAAGAAAAAGAAAAAAGUGGUUUAAAUUCAUAAUUUUAGUAGCAAAACCAAGGUUAUUCAAGUAAUAUUUAUGGAGUACAAGAAAAAUCAGUUCAAGAUACUAAUUAAUCCUAGACCUAAAAGGGAAAUUAUAAUAUUUAUCAGGAAAUUCGUCGCUUAGACAAUAUUGUGUCAACAAAUGAUGUCAAUUAGGAAACAUUAAAAGAAAUAAAAGACCUUAUUCAGAGAUUAGAUUCUUCUUAGUUUUAACGAUUUAUACUAAGCUAAAGUGAUUAAAUUUCAGUUGAAAGAUUAAAACGUGUUUUUGAAGAAUAAAAUUAUAAAUCAGAAAGGUAUAAUCAAUCAGCACCUUCUCAUGGAAUGGUUCAGUCUCAGGUAUCUCUCACACAGCAAAGAAUAAAAUCUUUUGGACUUCCUUAAAAGUCGUUAGUAGAAAAAGAAAACAAUAUUGGCAAUUAAAAUAAAUAUCAGUCAUUGUCUCCUAAUAAAAAAGUUAACCAUUUAGUUUAAGAUGUAAUCGAUAAACAAAAGAAAAAACGUUCAGAAGAAUUCUAGAGACAUUUAAUGCUCUCAAAUUUAGCAUCAAACAUAUUUAACUCUGAUUCUGAUAUUGAUCUGAUGCAAACACAAGUGUCUAACCAAAACCCGGCUGAAAAGAUUUAAAACCAAAAGCUAAGCUCUCCUACUAACCAAAAUAGAAAAAUUAGCACAGGUAUAACAAAUUAAAAUACUCAAUCAAGCUAAAAUGGAUAUUCAUCAGCAGGUGCAUCUAAUAACGUAAUAAGUAUAAACCUCUAUCAAAAUAAAAAUAAUUUUGAUGUCAUAAAUGGAUAUAACUCAACUGAAAGCAUAACUCCUGGUUAAAGCAACACUAGUCAACUAUAAAUAAACCCCCUUAAUUAAUAAUAUUCCUCUUUAAAUUCAUAAAAUUAAAAUGGAUAACCUUAAACUAUAUCUCUUACUAUACCUAGUACAUACAAUAGUAAACUAAACAGCGCUCUAACUUCUUCAUAAGCAGUUGCAUAACUUAACUCAACUCCUAUAGCCUAGUUAAAUUUAACCUCACCUUAACCUCAGCAAAUUUCUUAUGUGAGUUAAACAAGUAACAUUAAUUCAGGAGGAAAUUAAUAGUAAUAAAAUUUAAUGAAUAACAUUUAUAAACCUAACACAUAAUAUGCUUGA